ACAGGGGCUAAACCCUGCUUGCAUUACACUCGUUGUGCCGGUCAACUAUUUUUUGCAGAACAAAACAAUGUGCCAUCUCUAGGAAAUUCAGCCCUGGCACAACAUAUAUAAGAAAUAAGUGUCAGUAUCCCUUUAAAUUAAUGGAAAACUAUCCCUGCACAUCCUGAAGCAAAUCGACAUUUUAGUUAUCAGACUGAUAGAGUUAAAUAUCACACAAAGAAACAUUGUCUGCUUGCACCCGCCGCUUCCCUUUUGCCUUUACUGGUACAUGCAAAUAGCAAGCAAAUUCAGGGGGAUAUAUUUGGCUAGCUGUUUAAAAACACAAACAAAGGCAAACUGACAGCCUAGUAGCAGGGAAUGAUACAGAUAUAUCCAGACCCAACCAUACACGUUCAGACAUGCAUAAAGACUCGCAGACCUACAAGCACACCUAUACAUAUGAUAGCGGCAGGAACCUUCAGAUAGCCGUAUCCAGCCAGUGUUAUACCGCCAACCUGUGCCAGAGCGAAAAGAGUGAGGUUAAGAGCACAUUUGGUAAUGGGAAAAACCUGUCUCGCCUACCCCCUCUACCCCCAAGCAAGCCAUGUAAGACAACAUCAUUGCCAACUUCAUUAACAAACCCAAUUCUAUAUCUGAAAGGAAGUCGGGAGAUGCUGGAGGGUGUAGUUCAGCAACAGUUGGAGAACCUCAAAUUAAAGGGACCUGGAUUUGGAGGUGGUGAGGGGCAGGAGGUGGAGGAAGACUCUGAUGACGAUAUUGAUGAUAUAGAAGAAGAAGAGUCAGACUUGUAUGAACCCCCUCCCUGUGAUUUGCAAAGCAGAGAACUUCCUCCAAUAUGGAUGCCCCAAGGACAACAUAGAGUGUAUUCAGAUCGUUCUUUUGGGGGAUCCAUACCUCAAGUUCCACCCAAACCAGAACAAGCCCAAAAGAACCCCUGGCCACAAGGAGCAAAAUAUGGAGCUCUGUUCCCACCCAGACCUGCAGUACUGCCAAAACGAGCUCCCCCGCUGCCCCCUGCUGACCGCAGGAUGUCUCUUCCAUGCCCUGUUCUGCAUUCAGCCCCACCUGGUGCCGCAGAAUCCCCACAAGGCGAGGAUGAUCUUUAUGUGACCAUCCUGGAUAUGAUGGAUACAAAGGUUGGCUCACAAGAUGAUACUGGCCCAGGUUUCCUUGCCAAAUACAAGGGAGGGCUAGAGGAUGCGGUACUGCUGGGCAAGCCCUGGUAUGCAGGGGACAUGGAACGGAGAAAGGCAGAAGGAGCUCUGCGCAGAAUGAACAAGGAUGGUUGUUUCUUGGUGCGUCAGAGUUUUGCACAAAGCCACCUGCAGCCCUAUACUCUGGCUGUGCUAUAUAAAGACCACAUCUACAACAUCCCUGUGCGGUCAGUGGGCCCUCGUGGGUACUGUCUGGGCAAGGAGGGCAAGCGCCAUGAGGAGACAUUUCCCAGCAUUGUUCAACUGAUUGAGAAUUACUACCAGGAACCACUCUACCUGAUCAACCGCCAGACCAAAGGCAGGGAGUCCACCUGUCUCCUGUAUCCGGCAAUGCUUUAAGCUCUGACUACCCCCCUUUGCUUUUACUCUGAAUGGGAAUUUGUGUAGAUUAAACUUCUGUCACUUGACACUGGGUGUCAGGAGUAUUAUACGCAUGGUCAUCAGCCAUAAACUACAACUCCCAGCAGCCUCAGUCAGAUCAUCAAUACCAAGUUCAAAUCCUUGAGUUCAAACUGCAUUUCCCAAUAUUCACAGCCACCCGAAUGAGGAGUGUGAGGCCAUCUCAAGGUUUCCUGGGAAGUAUGGACAACGCAUGCAGAUUGUUAUAUCCUAUCCUUUCAUUAUACAGUUUGUACCCUCUUGGUGUAUUCUCUUGCCCCUUUUAUAAAGUGAAUAUCUUUUCAGCACCAUAUCUAAGGGCUGUAGGGUUUACAAUGUGAAAAUAUAGAAUCAAUCCAUUUAAGAAAAGCUCAGAACACAUAGUGACAGCAGAGUUGUGCCUAUAUUUCGCCUUUUUCCUUACAAUAAGGGGCACAAGCGGUGGCCACCGCUGCUCUCGGUUUAGAGAAUAAUAGUAGUUCAAAUACCGCUGUCUGCCUGUUCCUGCUCCAGCGGCAACACUUUUCAUUUAUAUUAGGAGCAAUGGCAGAGGGGCAUAUUGUCUGCUUAUGUUUUCUGCCAGUCGGCUGCAGCGGUGCUAUUGCCUUCACCUUUG